CCCUCUUGCACUUCAAAGUCCAUCUAACAGCCUCCAGUCAUCCGAGCGCACAACAUCAAUCCAAGCAUAUAUCCCCGCCACCAUGGAGGCCGACAAGAUCCCCGACUUCCUAGCAGACCAGCGAGACCAAGCUCCCAGCUCAGCUCAAGCGCUAUUCCUCGACUUUGAAGACUACUGGGAACGCAAACUCUGGCAUCAACUCACAGACGCACUUGUUGAUUUCUUCCAAACACCUGAGAGUGCCCCUCAACGAUUACCGAUUUUCAAAUCGUUCAUACUCAGCUUUGCGGAUCGAAUUAAUCAGUUGAAAUUUGUCUCGUUGGGGUUGCUGGCUUCAACGCAGUGUAAAGAUGACCAAGAGAGACUCGCUUUCCUCACAUCACUGGCCGAUCGAGUGGAUAAACCCGACUCACAGGACGCAUACGUCUAUGCCGUUGCUGAUGUUGCAGGCGUCAAGCUACGACUUCAAGACUACGAAGGAUCACGAAAGGAUUUAGAUAAAAGCCAGAAAAUCUUGGAUACCUUUGACUCAGUGGAGACAGUUGUCCACGCUGCAUUCUACAAAGUCAAUGCAGACUACUACCAUGCCAAACAAGAAUUCGCAUCCUACUAUAAGAAUGCCCUUCUCUAUCUAGCCUGCGUAAACCUCGACGACCUAUCCCAAGAGGAACGAAUCUCGCGCGCCUACGACCUCAGCGUCGCAGCCCUCGUAUCCGACUCAAUCUACAACUUCGGCGAACUCCUCCUACACCCAAUCCUCGACUCCCUCACUGAGACACCCCACGCCUGGCUGCGCGAUCUCCUCUUCGCCUUCAACCGUGGUGAUCUUACAGCCUACGACGUACUAGCCGGUAACAUCAGCAAGAACAAACUCCUCGAAUCCCACCGUCAAUUCCUAUACAUCAAAAUCUCCUUGUCUGCUCUAACGGAAGCCGUCUUCCGUCGUCCCCCGCACGACCGCACAAUGACCUUCUCCACCAUCUCGGCAGAAACGAAAGUGCAAUCAGACGAGAUUGAGCAUUUGAUCAUGAAAGCGUUAUCCCUGGGUUUGAUCAAGGGGUCGAUUGAUCAGGUUGCGCAGAUUGCGAGGAUCAAUUGGGUGCAGCCAAAGGUUCUGGAUAUGAAGCAGAUUGAAGGGAUGAGGAAUCGGUUGAAGGAGUGGGAUACGGGGGUAAAUCAGUUGGGACACUGGAUCGAGGGUGUUGGAAGGGAUGUUUGGGCUGCUUAGUCUUGUAUUAUGAUCUGUCAUGUUAGUGAAAUAUGAGAUGGA